AUGGGAGGACUUGGUUUCAAAGACAUACAAACUUUCAAUGUAGCACUGCUGGCAAAGCUCCCGUGGCGUAUGCUCACCAAUCCAGACUGUCUGCUGUCCCGUGUUAUGCUUGGCAAGUACUGCCACAAAGCUUCUCUACUUAACGUUCAACUUGUUAAGGGCGCUUCCCACGGAUGGACAAGCAUUUUAGCAGGCAGAGAUCUUCUAAAAGCUCAUCUCGGAAGAGCUGUGGGUGAUGGAACUGAAAUCAAAGUCUGGCAUGAAUCAUGGAUUUCUACCUCAACAAGUGUACUUCCACACGGACCUCUCAAAGAAGGAGACAGGGACAUGUUCGUCUCAGACCUAAUAACUAGGGGAUCCUGCGAUUGGAACAAGGAACUCAUCAACAAGAUCCUACCAGAGUUCAUAGAGGAAAUUUUGAAAUUAAAACCAAGCAAAAUGGAGCUCAAGAUUCUUACAUUUGCUGCAGUAGCAACGCAGGAUCUGGACAACAACAACACGACCACUCUCAGCACUUUCAACUGGUAUAAAUCAGUAUGGUCUGUUCCGACUGCUCCAAAGAUCCAGCUCUUCAUUUGGAAAGCCAUAAACGGAGCCCUGCCCACGGGAGAAAAUCUUCAAAAGCGAGGAAUGAUGCAGAAUACUCUCUGCGUCCAUUGUGGCCUCACGGAAACUACAGAACAUCUCCUUCUCCACUGCUCCUUUGCGAAACAGGUCUGGAAGCAAAUGCCGCUUGCAUCUCCUAUGGAUCCAGAUGAUUUCCCAUCCGUCGCAUCAGCUGCCGCGGCGGCAACUUCGUGGCUCUGCCUACCACCUUCUGGGAUCUCAGGUGAUAUCUUCUCCUGGGUGGUAUGGCAUCUCUGGGUCACUAGAAACCAACUGGUGUUUGAAGCUCGCCCUGCAUCGGCGGAUUCAACGGCUCUAAAAGCUCUGAUGAGUGCUAGGGAAUGUAUACAAGCGCAUGAACCGCCUAUUAAAUUUUUGAAGAACACUCAGAUCCGGGGGAGACCUGACUCGAUUCCAACCGGGACAGUUGCAUGCAACACCGAUGCAUCCUGGAGAAAGGAAGCCUCUGAUGCAGGUCUCGCUUGGAUCUUCGACUCUUCUACAGCGCUCACCGCCUCGAAUGGAUGCAAGUUUCAAUCCGGAGUUGCAUCAACUCUUAUGGCUGAAGGAUUGGCGGUAAGGGAAGCUCUCUGCCACGCUCUCCACGUCGGUAUCUCAAAAAUCUGGCUUCGAUCAGAUUGUUUGUCGCUGAUCAACGCGAUAAGUUUGGUUACAAAGCCGAUGGAUCUCUACGGAGUCCUCUCGGACAUCGAACGCCUCUAUGUUUCUUUUGAUUUCUGCUAUUUUUCUUUUGUUGCUAGAGAAGAAAAUGGGCCAGCGGACAGUUUGUCCAAAGUCUACUUGUAUCACUCUGUUACUUCUUGGGUUUGA